UACUGCAUCCCAAUUUCGCCGGACGCCGGGAGGCGCGGGCCGCACCAAACGAAUCUCCCGCGGCGCCGCCAUCUCGUCGCGGCUCCGGCGUGGUGUUCCGACGGCCAGCUCCAGUUCUCCUUCUCCCUACACCACCGAUCGGAUGGCCCAGCAAGCGACGGAGCAAGGGGGCCGCCACCCACCAGGCGCCGCCGCCGCCGCCGCCGAUCCCAACCAUCCCCUGCAGACGAUCGCUGCGCCCCCCUCCCCUCCUGCCGGCGGCGAGGGCUGCCGCAACGGGAGCGCAGUGGCCGGCCUCCCCGACGACAUCCUCCUGGAGAUCCUCUCGCGCCUGCCCGUCAAGCCCCUCUCCCGAUUCAAGUGCGUCUCCAAAGCCUGGUCCGGCCUCGUCGCCGACUGCCUCAGGAAGAUCCCCCGGACCCUGCAAGGUUUCUUCUACUCGGACGACAAGGGCGAGAACAACAACUGCGUGCCUUUCUUGAACCUGCUGGGGAGAUCCGUGCCCCCGUCGACACGUCCUUCGCCUUCCUCACGGAGCUGCCCGAGAUCGACCAGAUCGUCCUCGCGGAUUCCUGCAAUGGGCUCCUGCUAUUUCUGCAUAUCCGUCCAGGAACAUACGAGGAAAAAGGCUAUAUUGUGUGCAACCCGGCCACCAGGGAAUGGGUGCUUGUGCCUAGCACGGGCACUCAGUGCGAGGACAAACAUGGAUAUCCGAUCGCCGCCUGCUAUUUGAUUUUUGAUCCAGCCGUCUCCUCAGGAUUCAAGCUGGUUCAGUUCUUGUUUCGCACUCACAAUGACAUGACUUUGUUACAGGUGCACACCUACUCAUCUGAAAGUAGAGAAUGGAGCAGAAGGUCAGUCGAAUGUUGGUCACAUCAAACCUUCAAAACCUGGGUCAGGAACACCUUUGUAAACGGUAUGCUGCAUUUGGCUGUCAUACUCAGAUCUGAUUACCAGGUUGCGAUAGUCGCGGUUGAUGGGGAAGGGGAGAAGCAUAGGGUUAUCCGAUGGCCGGCGACAAUAGUGGAAAGAAAGAUGAUCUUGGCAAUAUGACUGAACUUUCGAUUUCAGUUCUUGAGAACUAUGAUACAGAUCGAUGGAUCCUGAAGGAUAGUGUGAGCUGCAUGCAGCUGUUCGGAGAAGUGGAUUGCUAUUUUGCUGAAUCCACUGUUGGUUUUCAUCCAGAUCACAACUUGGUCUUCUUUUUCCACCUCUUCAAUAGGAAACUGGUUUCAUAUGACAUGGAUAGUAAGGAAGUGAGUACUCUGUGCACUCUAGAUGGCUGGCUUCCUAUUACCCCGUACUCUCCCUAUUUUGUGGAGACAUCGGCACUUGCCAAGAAGCAAUGACACUGUUGCUUGUGGGAUACUCCUUGGGCCGUUUGAAAAAUAUCUUAUCUUCCAAGCGUGAAGCAGCUAGCACCUUUGGUUGAUCUACUAGGAUUAGAUGAUGCAAUUUUGGAUAAAAUCUAUUAGAAUUGGGCAAUGAGAUCUGCUGUUUCUUGGAUGUAUCCUUCUGAUCCUUUUGUUCUGUUUAAUGAUCUAAGCAAGAAGUUGAGAGGUGAGACAUCAGAUAUUCAUAUAAUUACCGUUACAUAUGCUAGUUUCUGUA